AUGGAGUCUUGGGCGCAGAUGACGUGCUGGCUAGUCAGCAGAUGGCAAGGGCGGCCGUUUCCCGCCAGCCCGACGCUGUCCGAGUUUGACGACUGGGACGAGGACGCGGCCAUGCCGUCCGACCUGCGGCCGUCGACGGACGCGCACGAUGCGCCGCUGCUGGGCCGGAAGAGCGACGCCGGCGAGGGCGAGGGCGAUGCCAUGGCCCAGGCGCAACGCGAGACCCGGCGCAAGUACACGUACGCGGGCGUGUUCCUGGUGCUCAGCCUCGUCAGCUUCACGGUGCAGACGGAGACGGCCGUGUACAUCCAGCACGAGCUCAAGUGGGAGAAGCCCUUCUGCAUGCUGUACAUGACGCACGGCAGCUGGAUCGUGCUGUGGCCCGUCCAGCUGCUGCUGCUGCGCCUGCAGAACCGCGCGCAGCCGUGGGCGACGUUCUGGCGCCGCCACACGCAGCUGCUGCGGCAGACGGCGCUGAUGGUCCAGCACCAGACGCUGCAGCCGACGGCGCGCCAGUCCCAGGCCAGCGCCGUGCCCUACAUGCUCAAGAUGACGGCCUUUAUCACGUGCGCCCUCACGCUCGCCGGCGGCAGCUGGUACGUCGCGGUGAACCAGACGACGGCGUCGGACCUGACGGCCAUUUACAACUGCUCGGCCUUCUUCGCGUACGCCUUCAGCAUCCCGCUGCUGCACGAGCGCGUGCGCGCCAGCAAGCUCGCCGCCGUCGCCAUCGCCGUCGCCGGCGUCUUCGUCGUGGCCUACGGCGACUCGGCCCCGGCCAAGCACGGCUCCAAGUCGGGCGGCGGCGCGGGCGGCGACAAGGCCCCGCCCAGCCGCGACGCCGAGAACCGCGCCUUUGGCAACCUGGUCAUUGGCGUCGGCAGCGUGCUGUACGGCCUGUACGAGGUGCUGUACAAGCGCCUGGCCUGCCCGCCCGAGGGCGCGAGCGCCGACAAGGCCAUCCUCUUCGCCAACACCUUUGGCUCGCUGAUUGGCGCCUUCACCCUGGCCGUCCUGUGGAUCCCGCUGCCCAUCCUGCACUACACGGGCUGGGAGACGUUUGAGCUGCCGCGCGGCGAGCAGGCGUGGAUGAUGGCCGUCAGCGUGCUGGCCAACGCGACCUUUUCCGGAUCCUUUCUCGUCCUCAUCUCGCUAACCAGCCCUGUGCUGUCCUCGGUCGCCGCCCUGCUGACCAUCUUCAUCGUCGCCAUUGUCGACCAGCUGCUGCCCCCGCCGCUCAACUCGCCGCUGACCUCGGCUGCCAUCCUCGGCGGCCUGCUGAUCAUCGGCGCGUUUUUGCUGUUGAGCUGGGCGACGUACAAGGAGAUGGACGAGGAGAGGCGGCACAAGCUGGAGGAGAGUGCAUCGGAGCUUGAUGAUUAG